AUGCUUGAUCGAGAGUUUGCAGAUCAAGCUUUGCCUGGCAGGGGUGGAAGCACGGGCCAGGUUUACGGGUACGCGGUGCGGAGGUUAAAGACGGCGGGACGCCGAUCCUACGUCCCGCCCGCGGCAGGCACCUUGCUUGAUCUGGGGACGGCAUCUUUACCAACAACUCGUCAAUCUUCGCGACGCAACGAGAACUCUACCACAGAUAGAGUCCCGUCCAACUAG